UGGAACGAAAGUGCGUGGGUCACGUAAGAGUAUGUUGGACAGGAGAGUUUUUGAGAGCAUGGAUGAGUAAACACACACUUGUGCUUGUGGUUAUUCGGACACUUUCAUCUCUAUGGAGUGUGUAAUAUUAAGGCGAAAUCGCUGAGUCUGAUUUUGGACUGAUUAGACUCUUCUUGUCAGCGUUUUCUCCCCAACUUCAUUCCCUGCCACUAUGCAGCUGACUCAUGUGCUCGCCUGCCUCUUCGGGAUGGGCUCGUGGGUAGCCAUCAAUGGGAUGUGGGUGGAGCUUCCUCUAGUCGUCCCAGAGAUCCCAGAGGGCUGGUACCUGCCGUCCUACCUCACUGUUCUCAUCCAGAUGGCGAACAUUGGUCCUCUAUUCAUCACCCUCAUGCACCGUUUCCGCCCUGGGACCCUAGAUGAACGGCCCGUUGUCUACUCAAUUGUUGUGUUGGGUGUUAUUGCUACAUUCCUGCUUGCUUUCUUUUGGAAGCACACAGUGACAAUUGGUGGAUCCCAGCACAGUGUUCCUCUUCUGGUGUUGAGCUUUCUUCUCUCUGUAGUGGACUGCACCUCCUCUGUCACCUUUCUGCCCUUCAUGAUGCACCUGCACCCACAAUACCUCACUACAUACUUUGCAGGUGAAGGCCUCAGUGGUCUUGUCCCUGCUUUGGUGGCUCUGAUCCAAGGUGUUGGCGUGGUUCACUGUGAGAAUGUCACCCUCUCCGCUAACACAACAGCCAUUAAUUCAACUACAGCAGGGAGUGGAGAGCUGAGAGCCGUCUACAAACCAGCGAAAUUCUCUGCCCAAAUGUUCUUCAUUUUCCUCAGUGCUAUGAUGGUUGUGUGUCUUGUAGCUUUCAUACUGCUCAACUGUCACCCAGCUGUAUCUUCAGAAAGAAAAAAUAAUAUUUAUUAUGUUAGUGAUCUCGCUCAGGAAAAGAAGGAACAAGGGUUGUCACUGCACUCUCAAUCUCCAGAACAAAAACCAAUGAUUAGUCUCGAGGAGACAGCCAGGUGGGAACCCCGCAGCUCUUUUGGCAGGGGCACCUAUAAUAACUUUGAGGUGGUGUAUAUCUUUGUUGUACUUGCCUGGGUCAAUGCUUUGACCAAUGCAGUGCUGCCCUCAGUCCAGACCUACUCGUGUCUGCCUUAUGGGAACCAGGCAUACCAUCUGGCCACCACUAUGGCAGCUGUUGCUAAUCCUGUGGCCUGCUUCAUCGCCAUGUUUGUACCACAGAGGUCUCUCAUUUUGAUGGGUGUCUUGACUUUAUAUGGGACUGGAUUUGGUGCAUACAUCAUGGCAAUGGCAGCAUUGAGUCCGUGUCCAUUGCUGGUUCAUAGUACAACUGGCAUUGUAAUCAUAGUGUUCGCAUGGAUCCUGUUUGUCUUGACUUUAUCAUAUGUAAAAGUCAUUGUUGGAGUAAUCCUCAGAGAUGAAGGACAUAGUGCCCUCGUCUGGUGUGGAGCAGUAGUGCAACUGGGGUCAAUGGUCGGAGCUGUGUCCAUGUUUCCAUUGGUUAGUGUUUAUGGACUGUUUAAAUCAGGUGAUGUUUGUAACACAAAGUGCCCAAGAUAAAAUCAUUCACAUGUAAUUUUUUUUUUUUUUUGACAAUUGUUACCCCUUCUAUGGAGUUAGUCUGGCACUUAAGAUAGUUGUGGACAUUUUGUUUCUAAAAAUGUUUUGAUGUCAUGUGUUAGGUCAAAAGCAUACUUGAACAUUAGUAGAAAGUUACAUCAAUCAGCCUUAUUAGUCCUGUGUACUGUACACUGGCUUUUGAAUGUGAAUAAUAAUGUGAUUUACUGUAUGUGCUUUAUAAAUGUUAUCAGAACAUAA